AGAGACCUUAGAGAUCAUCUAGUCCCAGCGCCCCUGCGUGGGCAGGGAAUGGUGGCAGGGGCUGGGAGGCAGGGAAUGCUGGCAGCUGGGGCUGGGAGGCAGGGAAUGCUGGCAGCUGGGGCUGGGAGGCAGGGAAUGGUGGCAGCUGGGGCUGGGAGGCAGGGAAUGGUGGCAGCUGGGGCUGGGAGGCAGGGAAUGGUGGCAGGGGCUGGGAGGCAGGGAAUGGUGGCAGCUGGGGCUGGGAGGCAGGGAAUGGUUUUCUCUGUGUUUCCCAGUGGGCUGGGUGUCGGGUUGGCAGCACGGGGUGUGCUGUGCAGUGCUCUGCUUGCAGGCUCUUCUAGAGAGAUGUCUAAAGGCCGGGAGCUAUAAACACGUGGUGCAGCUGCAGGGAUGGACAGCGAGGUGCAGAGGGAUGGCAGGAUCCUGGAUCUGAUCGACGACGCCUGGCGGGAGGACAGGCUGCCCUACGAGGACGUGGCCAUCCCUCUGAAUGAGCUUCCUGAACCAGAGCAAGACAACGGUGGCACAACUGAGUCUGUGAAAGAGCAAGAAAUGAAGUGGACAGAUCUGGCUCUCCAGUAUCUCCAUGAAAACGUUCCACCCACGGGCAACUAGUCAAUCAGUGUGAAUUCAUCCAUGGAUGCAAGAUGAAAAAUAUUUAGCAGCUGACCAUGGCUGGCCUAAACUUCUCUAAGGAGGAGACGUUUCUGAGAGGCUGGGAUUCCAACAAUGGUUCUACUCCCAGUGACCACACACAAUUUGAAAUGCUUCUGUGAUGUGUGAAGAACCAGUGGCUGACACCUCAAGGCUCAGAGCAGGAUGUUUUCCUUCUGUAAAAUUGUUUCAUCUCUUCUGCUAAAUUAUUCUUAAGAUGGUGACAAUUCCACUCUUAAAUGUUUUCUACGUGUGAUAAAAUGAUUUGCUUUUACUGUC